CGAUUGGAGCUUUGCGCCCAUCCUUGCGGAAACUGCGCCCUCCCCAUUGGCUGCUUUCGACGAGGAAGGUGUGAAAUGCGGAAGUUUUCCCCGCCGAAUUGACAGCAACCCCGGCUCGGCUGCCUUUUUUUUAAGUGAGCCGCCGCUGCCGCUGUUCUUGAAAGCCUCCAUGGCUACUCUGCCCAGUUCCGAUCGGAGGGCCUUUGCCCUGAAACUCAACAGGCAUUCCUCAGCAGAAAUAAGACGACAGUUUGUGCAUCAACCAUCCUUUGGACCCAUCUGUCAGCGAAGUAAUAGUACACCUGGUUUUUCUUCCAUUAAUCUGCCUCAGUUUUAUGAUGCUGUAGAACCAGUGGAUUUCGAAGGUCUCUUAAUGAUGCAGCUGAAUAACCUAGAUUCAGAUCUCCUGCAAGAAUUGGGUGAUUUUCCUGAAGAUGAUUUGGAGGUGGUUUAUGCUGCAAAGGAGCAUAGAACCUUGGAACCAUCAUUACCAGAAGAACGGACUGAAUUGGAUUUACAUGUCCGGGACUGUGUUCAGACUUAUAUUCGUGACUGGCUGAUUGUGAAUCGAAAAAAUCAAGGAAGCAAUGAGGCUUAUAACUUCAUGAAAACAGGAUCCAGAACAGAUUUCCACAAAAGCCUUCGAAAGCAAACAUUUGAGUCUGAAACAGUGGAUUUUCAUGAUUCCAGUUAUCAGACAGGUCCCAGGCACUUACAGGUUCUCUGUGAUGAAUCCAGUAAAACCACCUUGACAUCUGGAGAAGUUUGCUUGCGCAGCCUACCACUUGAUCCCCGAUUGACCAACCUAUUGCAGACUGCUAAAGCAGAAGACAUUCAAAGGCAAAAUGAAGAGGCACGGCAAGCCAACAGGCCUACUGAGUUGUUUGCUCUGUAUCCCAGUAUAGAUGAGGAGGAUUCUGUACAAAUACGACCAAUACCCGAAUGCCCAAAGGAGUAUCUAGGUAAUAGGAUAUUAGUGAAAAUACAGACACUGAAAUUUGAAAUUGAAAUCGAGCCAUUAUUUGUAACCUUAGCUCUUUAUGAUAUAAGAGAAAGGAAAAAGAUCUCUGAAAGUUUUCAUUGUGAUUUGAACUCCGAACAAUUCAAAGGGUUUUUGCGAUCCCAUACACCGUGUAUUGACUCCUCCACUCAGGCUAGGGCUGCUGUAUUUUCGGUAACAUAUCCUUCAUCAGAUAUCUAUCUUGUGCUGAAGAUUGAAAAAGUCCUUCAGCAAGGAGAAAUUGGAGAUUGUGCAGAACCCUACAUCUUUCUAAAAGAAAGUGAAAGUGGAAAGACUAAGGAAAAGAUUGAGAAAUUAAAACAACAAGCAGAGAACUUUUGUCAACGUUUAGGAAAGUACCGCAUGCCUUUUGCUUGGAUACCUAUAAAUUUAGCAAGUUUCUUUAGUAUUCCAACACUUGAGAAAGAUAUAGCUGAGUUAGAAGUUUUAAAUGGAAAAGGGUCUUGUGGCGAUCGAAAAACGUUGACACUGCCAUCUAGAAGAUAUUCUGAAAGAGGCCUUGGCUCAGAUGACAUUCCUGGCCUAGUGAACUUCAGAACCACCACUCUGACUCUCAACACUUUUUUAAAACAGGAAGGAGACAGGCUUAGUGAUGAAGACUUAUUCAAGUUUUUAGCUGACUACAAAAGGUCUUCGUUGCAGAGAAGAACAAAGUCUAUACCAGGUUUGCUUAAAUUGGAGAUCUCCCCUGCAUCAGACGGCCUCAAUUGUUGCCUCAGCCCAGAACUGUUACAAGUAAAGCCAUUCACUGAGAAUCGCAGCCGAAUUCAUAAGGAGAUUUUGGAGUUUCCAGUACGAGAAGUCUAUGUGCCCCAUACUGUAUAUAGAAAUCUUCUUUAUGUGUAUCCACAGCGGUUGAAUUUUGCAAACCGCUUGGCUUCAGGACGAAACAUUACCAUUAAGAUUCAAUAUAUGUGUGGAGAAAAUCCUUCCUGUGCAAUGCCGGUCAUAUUUGGAAAAUCUACAGGUCCAGAGUUCAUACAAGAGAUUUACACUCCUGUAACAUAUCAUAACAAGUGUCCUGAUUUUUAUGAAGAAGUGAAAAUUAAACUCCCGGCUAAACUGACAGAAAAACACCAUCUGCUGUUCACAUUUUACCACAUCAGCUGUCAGUCAAAGCAAGGAGCUUCUGUAGAAACUCUCCUGGGUUAUUCAUGGCUACCAAUUCUGUUAAAUGAUCGGCUCCAAACAGGACAUUAUUGCCUGCCUGUUGCUUUGGAUAAACUGCCUGCCAACUAUUCAAUGCACUCAGCAGAGAAAGUUCCUCCACAAUCUCCUCCUAUUAAAUGGGUGGAAGGACACAAGGGAGUGUUUAACGUGGAAGUGCAAGGUAUAUCAUCAGUUCAUACCCAGGACAAUCACCUGGAGAAAUUCUUCAUCCUGUGCCAUGCACUUGAAUGCCAAGUUACUUUCCCCAUCCGAGUGUUGAAUGAGAAAAUCUCAGAAGGCAGUCUGGAACAUGAACUGAAACUCAGCAUUAUUUGCUUGAAUUCUUCCCGCCUUGAGCCUCUGGUGCACUUUUUACACUUGGUGUUGGAUAAACUGUUCCAGUUGUCUGUCCAGCCCAUGCUUAUAGCUGGCCAGACAGCAAACUUCUCCCAGUUUGCCUUUGAGUCGGUGGUGGCAAUAGUGAAUAGUCUCCACAACAGUAAAGAUCUGAGCCAGGACCAACAUGGGCGAAACUGUCUCCUAGCAUCAUACGUGUAUUAUGUGUUCCGUCUUCCUGAAGUUCAGAGAGAUUUUAUCAAACUAGGUACAAGUGGAAGCACAAAUCUUCCUGAAUCUCGUUAUUACACAUAUGGCCGUACGGCUGCUGUCUCAGUGGGAUCUCGACUUUUGCAGAGUCGGACAACAAGCUGUAGCAAUCCAGAUAUUGCUGGGAUCCAGAAUGUUCCUGAUGAAGAAGUGAAAAGCAUCAUGUCCUCAAAGGUUGCAGAGCGGAACUACAGCCGUGUGUCUUUCUAUAGUGAAUCCAACAGUGAUAUGUCAAGUCCCCGCACAAGCGCUCGCCUACCCAAACAAAAGCAUUUUCAUGAAGAGAUCGCACUUCAGAUGGUGGUCAGCACAGGCAUGGUGAGAGAAUCAGUCUUCAAGUAUUCUUGGUUCUUCUUUGAAUUGCUGGUAAAAAGCAUGGCUCAGUAUGUUGACAAUGUACAGAAGCAGGAUGUUCCCCGCAGAGCUCGAUUUUCCAACCGCUUCAAAGAUGACAUCACCACAAUUGUCAGUGUUGUUACCUCAGAGGUUGCUGCACUUUCAAUUAAGGCCCAAAAGGAAAGUGAACAGGCAGAAAAGGUCAACAUUAGCUUGGCAUUUUUCCUAUACGAUCUUCUUUCUUUAAUGGAUCGUGGAUUUGUGUUUAACCUCAUCAAACACUACUGCAAUCAGUUGUCAAAUAAAAUGAGUAAUAUCCCAGUGUUGUUGUCCAUGAGGCUGGAGUUCCUACAAAUUCUCUGCAGUCAUGAACAUUACCUCAAUUUGAAUCUCUUCUUUCUGACUUCAGGAUGUGCUCCAACAUCUCCCUCUCCUUCUAUAUCAUCCCAGAAUUCAAGCUCCUGCUCAAGUUUCCAGGAUCAAAAACUUAACAGCAUGUUUGAGCUUACAGCAGAUUAUCGACAGCAGCACUUCCUCACAGGGCUACUUUUCACAGAGUUGGCAGCUACCUUGGAUGCAGAAGGGGAAGGAAUAAGCAAGGUGCAGAGGAAAGCUGUCAGCGCUGUCCACAGCUUGAUGAGUUCACAUGACUUGGAUAAAUCCUGCUUGAAGCCAGAAAUGAAAGUGAAAAUUGCUGCACUUUAUCUGCCUCUGGUUGGCAUAAUUCUGGAUGCCCUUCCUCAAUUACAUGAUUUUACAGUUCCAGAUGUUCACAAUGGGAAAGGCCGUGCUGCAUGGCCAGAUGAAGAACAAGAAUCAGCAAACCAGAUUAACCACAAUAUUGCUCUGGCUAUUGCUGGGAAUCAGUUUAAUUUACGAUCUUCUGGCUCCUCUAUGUUUACGAUGUCCUGCAAAUCAUACAACACAUUAAGUCCUGAGACAACCCGACAUCUUUUGAUCUGCUUCCUGUGGAUCAUGAAGAAUGCUGAUCAGAACCUUAUUCAGAAAUGGAUUGCAGAUCUUUCCUCUCUGCAGCUGAACCGGAUCUUAGAUCUUCUUUUCAUCUGCGUCUCAGGCUUUGAAUACAAGGGCAAGCAAAGCUCAGACAAAGUCAGCACUCAGGCCCUGAAGAAAUCACGAGAUGCCAAAGCUCGUCUAGAAGAGGCAUUGCUGAGGGGAGAAGGGGCCAGAGGUGAAAUGGUGAAGCGGAGCAAGCUCCUUGCUGGGAAUGAUAGAUUCCCAGGGUCGAAUGAGAACUUACGAUGGAGAAAAGAGCAGACACAGUGGCGGCAAGCAAACGAAACACAAGAUAACCAGGAGAAGGAGAAGCAAGCUGCCCCCAUGAGGAUCGGAGGAGAGUGCGAUAAACGAACAAAAACUGAAAUUGAUCAAGAAUCUCUGAUUAGUGGAAAUCUGGCUACAGAAGCUAAUCUGAUCAUCUUAGAUAUGCAAGAGAAUAUCAUCCAGGCAACAUUAGCUAUGGAUUGCAAGAUGAACAUCUUUGGAGGUGUGUUGAAGGUCCUCAUAAAUUCUCUGAGCUAUGAUCAGAGCACAACCUAUUUGACCCAUUGCUUUGCAACCCUCCGAGGAUUAAUUGUCAAGUUUGGCGAGUGGCUCUUUGAAGAAGAAGUAGAGCAAUGUGCUGAUCUGUGCCAGAAAGUUCUGCAGCACUGCAGUAGCAGUAUUGACACUACUCGCGUUCAAGCUUGCGCCACCCUUUACUUCUUGAUGAGAUACAGCUUCAGCUCCAGCAGUAACUUCGCAAGAGUGAAAAUGCAAGUGACAAUGUCCCUGGCAUCUCUGGUUGGUAAGACUUCAGAAUUUAAUGAAGAAUAUCUCAGAAGGUCAUUACGGACCAUUUUGGCAUAUGCAGAGGAAGAUUUAGAAAUGCAAUCAACUUUGCUCCCAGGACAGGUGGAAGAAUUGUUGCACAAUCUGAAUUGCAUAUUAUCAGACACAGUAAAAAUGCGACAGUUUCAAGAAGACCCAGAGAUGCUUAUGGAUCUUAUGUACAGAAUUGCCAAAGGGUAUCAGACUUCACCUGACUUAAGGCUUACCUGGCUUCAGAACAUGGCAGAGAAGCACACCAAGAAGAAAUGCUACACAGAGGCUGCCAUGUGCCUCAUUCAUGCUGCUGCACUUGUGGCAGAAUAUUUGAGCAUGUUAGAGGACCAUAGCUAUCUGCCAGUUGGAAGUGUCACUUUCCAGAAUAUUUCCUCCAAUGUCCUAGAAGAGUCUGCUAUUUCAGAUCAUAUUCUGUCUCCAGAUGAAGAUGGAGUUUGCUCGGGAAGAUAUUUCUCAGAGCACGGGUUGGUGGGACUGCUGGAAAAUGCUGCUGAGUUUUUUAACACUGGAGGAUUGUAUGAAAUUGUCAAUGAGGUCUACAAGAUUGUCAUCCCCAUUUUGGAAACAAAUCGAGACUUUAGGAAGCUUUCUUCUGUUCACAGUAAACUCCAAAAGGCUUUUGAGAGCAUAAUAAAUAAGGGUCAAAAGAGAAUGUUUGGGACCUAUUUCCGUGUUGGUUUUUAUGGAGCCAUCUUUGGAGAUCUGGAUGAACAGGAAUUUGUUUAUAAAGAGCCUGCCAUAACCAAACUUCCUGAGAUAUCUCACCGAUUGGAGGGAUUUUAUGGUCAAUGCUUUGGAGAAGAUCGCAUUGUUGUGAUCAAAGACUCUAUUCCUGUCGAAAAGAAGAAGUUAGAUCCCAGAAAGGCCUAUAUACAAAUUACUUUUGUGGAACCAUACUUUGAUGACUAUGAGAUGAAAGACAGAGUAACCCCCUUUGAGAAAAACUUUGAUCUUCGACGAUUUAUGUACACCACCCCUUUUACUCAGGAUGGACGUCCACGAGGAGAGCUGAGUGAACAAUAUAAGAGGAAGACCAUUUUGACCACAAUGCAUGCUUUUCCUUACAUCAAAACUAGAAUCAACGUAAUUCAAAAGGAGGAGUAUGUGUUGAUGCCAAUUGAAGUAGCAAUUGAAGACAUGCAAAAGAAAACCCUUGAGCUAGCAGUUGCCACCAACCAAGUGCCUCCAGAUGCCAAAAUGCUUCAGAUGGUCCUUCAAGGUUCUGUAGGAGCUACUGUUAACCAGGGACCACUAGAGGUAGCCCAAGUGUUUCUGGCGGAGAUUCCAGAUGAUCCAAAAUUUUACCGACAUCACAACAAGCUGAGAUUAUGUUUCAAAGAGUUUAUAAUGAGGUGUGGAGAAGCACUGGAAAAAAACCGGCACCUGAUUACCCCUGAGCAAAAAGAAUAUCAUAAGGAACUGAAAAAGAACUAUGAGAAAUUGGAGAACAGCCUCAGACCAAUGAUUAGGAGGAAAAUCCCAGAGCUAUAUAAACCUCUUGUGAAAUUUAACAGUAUUUCAAGAGAUUCUUUCAAGAAUUCUAGUAUAAGAAAGUAUGAACUGCCCAUGCAGAACUCUUAAGAAGAAUAGUCUUAUAAAAACAAGCAAUCCUUCGGCAACAGAAUCAAAUGAAGGAAGAUACUGGCUGGUGUGCCAUGUAGGAAGCUCUUCUCACAAUUCCUGAUGGCCACAUUUUGUCAAUAACAUGACCAGCAAUCACUACAUAUGAGUCAAAAUGGCCAUUGGUUGCAAGAGGGCAGAUUGCUGGGAUUUUUUUCAGUUUAAUAUUUGUACCUUCAAAGAAAAUAUUCCUGCAUUUUCUCCAAAGAUAUAAAGGCCAGUUAACAGAUGUUGCACUGUCUUCCCUCUUUGUAUGUUUGAAUAUCUGUGAAGACUACUUUGUGGAUUUUUGAUCACAGCAGUCCUAUGAAAAUGUCCAGAAUUAUUAUAAAAAGCAUUUAACUUAAUCAUAGAUGACAUUCAAAUUAUAUAGACAGAUUUUCCGGGGAGUGCAAAUAUCAACAGUAACAAAGUUUAAUCAAACAAGAUUUAGCUCAAGUAAAAUCUGAUUUAGUUUAACAGGUAAAUUAUGAAUAUGUACAAUUCCAAUUUGUUGCAUGAAAUCAACAAUCUUAAAUGCUUGACAGGUAGCAUUGCAAUGGGCCUGUUAAGCAAUUAUAUCAUAGAACCUGAGGUUUUAUUUUAUCAAAAAGGAUAAAAAAACAAGUUUAAUAAACUUGGGGAAAUAGGAUUUGAUAACAAUGGAGAGCCCAUCUUAAUUACAUUUUUUCGUACUGUUAUAGCUACGUUAUUAUAUACAUAACAGUUUUAUGUACAUAACAAUGUGAACUCACAGUUACCAGUUCUUUAGCUGGUGCUGGCCUUCAUAUACAUUGAGUUACUAUUACUACUACUACUACUACUAUUAUUAUUAUUAUUAUAAAACUAGUAGUAGAUUUAUUAUAAUUUUAGAAAUAUGAAGUGCUUCUUGAUAAUCGCAUAUUUCUGAAUAUUUGGUAAAAAUAUUUUUUUCUGUUACAUACCUGUGUAUAUGUAUAUAGUGUUGUCAAAUGUCCAAGUCUUUGAGGGCAACUAAAUAUUUUGGCACUUUUAUACUUUAAGAUCUAAAAGCAGUAUAUACAUUUUUUUAAAUGAAAUAAAAUAUUAUUUUAGUACGAAAAAUCA